CGCCAAGAACGUUUACUAGCUGUCAUGGCAACAUAUCAUAUGCGGAAACAUUGUAUCCUCACUCAGAAAUGUGUUUCUGGCUACAAUGACUGCAGUGUGAUUGUCAGGCGAUGCAAAUGCUUCAGGCACCUGUCCCUCCAGUUGUGUUAAAUGUCUCUUAGCUAAUGAUGGGCAAAAUACACAAAGGAUUGAAUGACAGCGGGAAACUUCCAGGAUACAUAUCAUCAAUACCCACCAAAUACCAAACAGUGGUGAUAAGCAAUGAGGAUAAGAAAGGGUUCUUGUCACAAGCUAAGAGGUUCCUUUCAGAAGACAGCCAGAAUGAAAACCCAGGGCCAGGCACAUAUAUGUCUCACAGGCCUGCUGAAAUCAGCAGCCCCUCCUUCUCAAAGAAAGGUACAGGAGGCUUUGCAUCCCAGGCUGUCAGAGUUCCCCGUAACCCUCAGAGAGGUAUCCCAGGACCCAAUGCCUAUAACCUGCAGUCCUCUCUGAUCCACAAACACAGCUUCGGCAGGGGAGGCUCCAGAACUUUCCGACUGCCAGUGGCUGUACAACUUGAUGGCCCUAAGAACAAGACUCCAGCCCCUAAUCAAUAUCAUGUGUCCUUAGGUGGUGUAAAGCCAAACACAGUGUCCGCUCAAUCAGUAUUUCUGUCAACAACUGGACGGAGUUCUGUGUGCUCAAACACUCUAAAAGGACCAUCCCCAUGUCACUACAAAGUCAAUGAUGCCAUAACUCAGAAAUGCCCCAAGGUUCCCCUCUCCUGCUUCAAGUCCAACUCUGUGAGGAUCCAGUCCCCUGUGAAUAACCAUGUCCCAGGCCCAGGCACCUAUAGUCCCUACCAGGCCCCAGAGCCAGUCAGGAGGACCAUCCUACCGAGGAGACAUUACCUGGGAAUAUCAGCUCCCCCUCUGAUUCUUCUGAAGAACCCUCCCCUGCCUGGCCCUGGGCAGUAUGAUGUAGUGAACUAUGGGGACCCGCCCAAGCACUUCAUGUCUAGUUCCAUGUUUGUUUCUAGGACAAGCCGUUGGACCCAGGAUGUGCGCGGCCAAGGAGUGCCAGGGCCAGGUUACUAUGAACCAGAUACGUCAUCAAAGCGGUCUUUCUUAUACAAUUACUCCAAAUGGAUUCCAGCAUGAAGCACUUGAGGCAACUCACAUUGCUUUUGUGUGGAUGUUUUUGCACGUUUUCACACCACACUGUGCAUAUAUUUACUAGUGUACUUCAUGUGAAAUUGUAUCGUGGUUGAGUGGCUUGGGGUGGGAGUUUGUUUCUACAUGUGAGGAAGGUUUUGUACAAUGUUUUUAUGUGCAUUCCAUGUACUGUACGCAUGUGUUUCACUGUGACUAAAGAGAAGGAUGCAAAUCACUUCAUGCAGCCAUCUAUUCAGUAAUUGUAUUGUCAAAAUACAGUUCCUUCAGAAAGUAUUCA